AUGUUUGCGCUUAGCUGGAAUAACGGACUCACUAAAUUAUGUGCAUUAGUUGGAUUUUGUCUAUCCAUGUACGCUCUGUACGUGGAAGUAUCUUUGGAAAACAACCCAAUUUACAAACCUUUUUGCGAUGUGAAAGAAUACGUUAAAUGUUCAUCGGCUUUUCUAUCACCGUACGCCAAAGGUUUUGGGAUUAUCAGAUAUGUAUUUGGAAAAGACACACUACUCAACGUGCCCAACGGCCUAACCGGAAUGGUAUACUACGCCCUCAUGUUUGCAUUAAGUUCUUCGGACAACCGACGAGCCUUGGACGCACUUUACUAUUUGGCGAUUGUGUCAAAUCUGAUGACGGUUUACUUGGCGUGCAUUUUGGUGUUUGUCAUCCGAGAACUGUGUCUGGUGUGCGUGACCACAUACCUGGUGAACGGUUUGAACCUUUUGUGCGUUUUGGCCAAACAGAAAGCGCGGGGUACUGGCGGAAAGGCGAAUGCGAAAAAAUAUUGAAAUUUAUUAUACUG